AUGUUUGCAAAGUUUAAGGAAAUGCUAGCAAAUCUUCAGGAAUUAUUAAAGGGGACAAAAGAGAAGGUAGGUAAGGAUUAUGUAAACAUGAUUGAGGAAGUGGUAAAAUCUCAAGUGUUGCCACCAAAAUUAGAACAUCCAGGGAAGUUUACUAUUUCUUGCAAUAUCAGUGAGGUAAAUAUUUCGUAUGCUCUGUGUGAUAUGGGAUCUAGCAUAAAUUUCAUGCCAUUGAAAAUGGUAAAAGAAUUUAAUAUGGGUGAGAUCACACCAAUGCUAUAUACAAAAGGAACUUUAGGAGGAUUUGCUAUUCUCGGACGACCAUUCCUGGAAAUCGGGAAAGCCAAGAUUGAUGUAGAAACAGGUGAACUUAUAUUAAAGUUUGUCGAUCGCUUUGUUAGGCGACCUUAUGGAAUAGUGGAAGACGUUCUGGUAAAGAUCGAUAAGUUUGUUUUUCCAGUUGACUUUGUCAUUCUAGAAGUGCCCGAAGAUGAGGAGAUUCCUCUCAUAUUGGGUAGACCAUUUUUAGAGACAGGACAGUGCAUGAUAGACAUAGAGGAAGGAACGAUGACCCUCAAAGUCUAUGAUGAAGAGCUAAAAAUUGAUGUGCGGAACACGAUGCAAUACAAAGAUGAUAUUGGCAUAAGCCAUACUGUAGAGAUAAUAAAUUAG